AAGAAAAGUAUCGAUAGCAAAGUAUAACAGUCAAUGUAGAAAGUUAGUAAUUGGGGGUGCGGGUGACGUCAUCGGCUGGCAUGUGUCAUGUGAUUCUUUGUUGACGUCCAGGCAGCAGAAACAAGAUGGCGGCGCGCUGGAGCAGCGAGAAUGUGGUGUUGGAGUUUCGCGACGCGCAGGCGACCACCAUGUCCGUGGACUGUGUGGGCUCCCACGCCGUGCUGUCUGGGCGGCGUUUCCUGUACAUGGUCAACUUGGAGGCGCCGUGCGAGCUGGCGAGGAAGAUGGCUCGCCACAGUAAGUGGGACGUGGGCACGGUUCAGUGGAACCCUCACAAGUCCCACUCACACAUCUUCGCCGCCUCGAGCAACCAGCGUGUGGACUUGUACUCGUGGAAGGAUGGCGGGGCCGGCGAUGUCCACACGUCCCUGCAGGGACACACGAGAGUCAUCAGCGAUCUGGACUGGUCGUGCUUUGAAGCGGAGUUCCUGGUCACCAGCUCCGUGGACACAUACAUGUACAUCUGGGACACCAGAGAUACUCGGAAGCCCGCUGUGGCUCUGUCUGCUGUUGCGGGUGCAUCUCAGGUGAAAUGGAACCGUAGGAACCAGAACCUGCUGGCGUCCAGUCACGAUGGAGACGUUCGGAUCUGGGAUAGAAGGAAACCCAACACGGCCGCAGAGUACGUGGCGGCCCACUUGUCCAAGAUCCACGGUCUGGACUGGCACCCGGACAACGAGUUCAUCCUGGCCACAAGCAGCCAAGACAACUCAGUGAGGUUUUGGGAUUACAGGCAGCCCAGGAAGUACCUGAACAUCCUUUCGUGCCAGGUGCCAGUCUGGAAGGCUCGCUAUACGCCCUUCUCCAAUGGCCUGGUCACGGUGAUGGUCCCUCAGCUGAGGCGUGAGAACAGUCUUCUUCUGUGGUCCACGCUAGACCUCAACAGUCCAGUCCAUGCCUUUGUGGGACACGACGACGUGGUUCUUGAGUUCCAAUGGAGGCCCCAGAAGGAAGGUCAGUGGAGGUCCCAGCUCUUCUUGCGACUGGGUCAGUGCCCUUCAUUGUCCGUGUCCUGUGUCUCAGGUACCAAAGACUACCAGCUGGUCACAUGGUCCAGAGAUCAGACUCUGAGGAUCUGGCGGGUGGACCCUCAGCUACAGAAGCUAUGUGUCAGCGACUUGGCGGAUGACUUGAUGGAGGGAAUGUCUCUCAACAUGGACACGGACAAGUCGCUGACGGCCAAUGACCCCGACGGACAACACACCAGAAUUCCCGCUGGACAUCACCUGCAUGAUCAAGAUGGCGGGGUGGGCUCAGGCGCUCGCCAGGACUCGGCUGCGUCCUCAAGUCUCCCUCAGACGCUACAGCAGGAAUUCUCUCUGGUCAACCUGCAGAUCAGGAACGUCAAUGUGGAGAUGGACGCAAUGAACUGCAGCUGUGUCGUCUCGGCUCAUUUUGGGAGUCAUCAGGUUCGACUGCUGAUGAAAUUCCCAGGACAAUAUCCCAACAACUGCGCCCCUACCUUCCAGUUUGUCUCCCCGACGACCAUCUCCACCGCCAUGAAGAGCAAGAUCCACAAAAUCCUCACAGACGUGUCCCUGCAGAAGGUCAAAAGGAAUCAGAACUGUCUGGAACCUUGCGUCCGACAGCUCGUGUCCUGCCUUGAGUCAGACAUGACGCAGGACGACAGUCCGUCCUCAGGCCCCUUCAUCCUGUCCAAUCCUGUCGCUCCAGCGCUGCAGCCGUUUCCUCGAGUCACCAACACUUACGGAUCCUACCAAGACGCCAACAUUCCCUUCCCCCGCACGUCAGGGGCUCGGUUUUGUGGCACCGGUUGUCUGGUUUACUUCACACGACCAAUCACCAUGCACCGCUCAGCCCCCGCCACCGAGCCCACCCCGAGGUCCCUGUCAGCGUUGUCGGCCUAUCACAGCGGCGUGUUGACCCCCAUGAAGAUCCGCUCAGAGUCUCAGGGCGCUCUGCGUCUAUACAGCAGCAGUCCAACUCGCUCGGACAAAGACACCGUGUCCAUCUCGUCCUUCUACUACAAAGAGAGGAAAUCUCGCCGCUUUAAGACCAAGAGGGACGGGGCAGACUACAGCAGUCGCUCCAUCAAGUUGGCAGGAAAGGUGAUCAUCCAGGAAAUCUCCUGCCUGCUUCCUGUCCACAAAGUCCUGGGAGAGAAUUAUAUUCUGAACAUGCGGGACAUCCAGGACACGUGUCAGAAGAACGGAGCAGCCGCGUUGGCAGCCGGACGUCGAGAUGUAGCCAAGGUGUGGGCUUUGGCAUCGGCAGCAACAAGUGUUGACCUGAGUCCGGACUCAGACCCGGACACGGACGCUCCUUGGGCAAGCCAUCCGUUCGGUCGCCGCCUGCUGGACACUCUCGUGGACCACUACAGUCACAUGAGUGACGUUCAGACGCUCGCCAUGCUGUGCAGCGUCUUCACAGACGGUCACUCGCCACACGGUCCACCGCAGUCUCGCUCCCCCGCGGUCCCGCCCCCUCACUCACGCUACCCCAGCUUCACGUCUGAGCCGUCGGAGCACGCCAACUCCUGGAGCGAGUCGUCCCCCGAAGACGGUCGCUCUAGCAACCAUGGUUACGCUGACCCACGCGAUCGAGAGAGCGAGCAGCACGACAUGAACAAGAGACUUCUGGAUCCCACCAACACGCUGCAGUUCGACGACUUCAAGAAGUGUUACGGUGAAAUCUUGUACCGCUGGGGCCUCCGAGACAAACGAGCUGAUGUUCUCAAGUUUGCUUCCUGUCCGCCGGAACCCCACCAAGGAGUCGAGUUCGGCGUGUUCUGCUGCCACUGCCGCAGUCAGGCGAGGGGGACGCAGUGCGCCGUGUGCAAGCGGCUCACCUUCCAGUGCGCCGUGUGUCACGUGGCCGUGCGGGGCUCCUCCCACUUCUGUCUCAGCUGCGGUCACGGCGGGCACACGGGUCACAUGAUGGACUGGUUUCGCCGCCAGGACGAGUGCCCGGCGGGCUGCGGAUGCCGCUGCCUGCAGCAGAGCGUCUUCUGAUGAGCCGCGCGUUGUUGAUGACCAUCGUUGUCAAUGCUGUUGUUUAUUGACAGCUGUCAAACAAUCAAAAAUACAUUUUCUUCAAAU